CCCAGACAAUCUCAUUUUCGCCGAUUUUGGGCUGUUUCUAAUAUAACAUUCCACGAUGGUUUUACUUCAUUGCUUUCUAGCUUUCCUAAUCAGGCUCAGUGUGGCCUCAGCCAGCCAUUCCCAUCGACCUCUCAUACGCGAUACAGGAUCCAACCAUGUAUCGUUGCUAGAAAUUCCGAAAUAUGUCGUUCCAGCUGCAGACCGAGAGAUAACAGAAUGGUUUGCCAUUGGUGACUCCUUUUCUACCGGUAUAGGUGCAGAUGCUCCGGGCGACCUACUCAACGAGGCAUGCUACCGUUUCAAAGAGUCAUUUCCCAACCAGAUGAACCAAGAUCCAAGAUUACCAGGGAAAUUCGCAUCCCGAAAGUUCGCCUUUGCAUCUUGUCCAUCGGCUAUCGGUGACCAAAUCGACGCGUUGUUGCCCAACACAAACGCGAAUUUCCCAAAGCUCGAGAAGCCACAGAUUGGAACUGUGAGCCUUUUAUGGGAUGAAAUUGGUCUUGAAGAUGUUUGGAAUUCUUGUGUAUACCAGUGGGUUGGCAAUCGUACUUGUAAUUCGACCGUCACGCAUACGCUCGAUCUCUUGAAUGAAGGCAAAGCUGGUAUUACAGGAUUUAAUAUCAGCGAAGUAAUACGCAAUGAUCUGAAGCUGAUCCUAAACAAAGGCAGAGCGGCUAAUCCUAGCUUCCAAUUAUAUGUUAUGGAGCAUCUUCAGCCAUGGAAUGAAGACAGCAAGCAGUGUAAUAAUGUCAGCUGGGGACGGCCAUAUAGAGCUCCAGUUUUUCUCGACCAUGAUGUUCGAUUCAAUAUGAACUUUCUGGUUUAUUAUCUAAACGUGGUGACGGAGAAAAUUGUCUCAAGUCUAUCAGCGGAAAUAUCUGGCGGGCUAUAUUAUGUCUGGGAAUUUAACCCAAAGUUUGAAGGGCAUAGAUUCUGCGAAGAAGAGAGUGAUCUAAGUUAUCACAUGAUGCCCACAGCGGAUCGCACUUGGUUCCAUCAUCAUAAGAGCCCCUAUGGAGGAUUGUUGCCGGUGAAAGAGACUAAUCAAAGCAAUUUUUUCGACGUGGUUGAUUCGAUUUUGAUCCCAGAAAAAGACGGAAAAACAACAGAUGACCAGAUCAAGGCGGUCAAUGGAAAUCUGUCUAAGCUCAACUCAGCAUAUGACAAUAUAAGCUCCAUGAAAAACGCGUUAAUUAACUUAGCACAACAGGACGCCAGGUACAAAGAUUUUCCCAUGUUGUGGGCGCGAAUUAUGCACCCGAAGGGUUCGGGCCAUAAGGAGAUUUCAAACGUCAUCAUCGAUCAGAUCUUGGAAAAUGUAGGUCCAGUGGACCCGAAAUAUCCACAGGGCCUUGAGUGCACCCAAACCAACGUGAAGAAGUUCCUCAGACGGGAGGAUCUCAGUUCUCGGAUCACUGAGUUCUGUAAAACUGCUGCGAAUCAGAAGGAACAUGACCGCGAUAGUGGUUCUAUCUCCCGCACGUAUUCUCCAGGUACACGAUCUGAAGUGAGUCUUAGUAUCGAAUGGCCCCAAAAGUACAAUAUUUCAAAAAAUAUGGAGGCUAGUUGUGUCAACAACAUGACGAAGAUCAAGGAUGGGUGCGGUGGCAACGACCCAAAGAACCCGUUGAACUGGAAACGUGGCGGACGACUAGGCGCUGGCUGGGUCAACUACAAAAUUGAACCUAAGUUCGAUCAGGGUUACACCCCGGGUACUUGUGUGGUCAAUUUCCGAGAAAAUGAUUACUGGGAGGGAGUUAAUGGCCCGGGGACAGAGCGAAAGGACGACUUCACUAUUGAACAACUGACGAUCAAAGACGCCGCGGGAAAUAUCAUUGGAGACGCUGGUUUUGCGCCCAACAAAAAAGACGGCGCAUCUAUAAGCGCUAGCAAUUCAAACGCACUCAAUGUGUACUCAAAGCUGCCUGACGUAUUGGUCAUUACGCCCGAGGCUAGGAAUGACUACUACAUCCAGUUCGCAAUUGGCCCUCAAAACUGGCAAACGACCACCGACACCGGUGGUGCAAAUUGUGAUAAUACUAAGAAAUGGGUCUCGUCUGGUUUUAAUAUCAGAUACCGCGACGUAGAAUGUACCUUCGAGUGUUAGGGCGAGCACUGCACAACUUCACGACUCUUUGGGAACUUGAAUGGGCAUAUUACUUCAGUUUGAGGUAGACAUCAAGUUAAUUUAGGUUGUUAUUUUUCGCGGGGUGUUGGUGUCUUUCGAUCAAGUCACCCUCAUACCUUACUUGUGCCUAUCAUUUGGCUAGUCAUCAAGUUGUACCACAUAGCUAGAAGUGUUUAACCAAGUCCACUAUUUUGGGUACCUAUAGACACUAAGUGUCGGUAAUCUUGAAGCUAUUCUAUGGGGGCUGUGAUGCAUGUGAAAUUACUCGCGAUUGCUUAACACAUAGGUUCGUCGCAGAACAUUUUCCUGCAUAUCACGUCAUGAGCUCCAUCUCUUAUGUCAAGAGGUUACAGCUGCUUCGAGAGAUAACACAUGUGUUCAUAACUUCCAUAUUUUCCACAUCUUGCUUGCUAGCACAUAGACAAAGCCGGUUCCCCUCAAAUUGUCUAGUCCCAUAAUUGUCAUGAUUUCAAGUACAAAGUGAAAUGAGUUGGGUAUAAC